AUGGAUUCAACAGUGAAAAAUAAAUCUAUGAUGCAACCUAAACCGAUAGCAGAAUUGUUACCUGAACUGUGUGGAAUAGUCUCGAAAGAUACUAUUAAUGCACACUCCGUUAAGAAGCAACCACAAACAACAUUACAGCAUUACAAGCCUUUGACUUUGGCAGAAUUGCGAGCUGAUUUAUUAGCAUUAAAACCCCUAUCUCCUAGAAGAUCUGCACAGCCAGAUGCAUCCACGAAAAGAAAGAUGUGGAACUCCUCAGUAAAGGUCAUUAACAAGACAAAAACUCGUACUUCUGAUGGACAAAUGAAGCAUAAUUCAGUUAGAAAAGUACUAAACUUUCAAACAAGAGCCAAACCACAAAAUCCAAGAGCAACUAUUAUGAAUGCUGAAACACCUAAAUUCCCUAAACCAGAGUUGGGGGCUAAGAAGUCAUUGCAUAUACAAAGUAAAACCAAUAUUAGGAUCAGUGGUGUAUACCAUAUACCAGAAACACCAGUGGUUGAAAAUAAAUUAAUAAAAAACAGGCUUAUAAUGCAAAAUCAUAUUAACAAAGAAAACAGUUCUUAUUUAUCUAACUUGAACAAAAAGAAAGUUGCGUCUCCUAAACCCUUUCGCAAACCUGUAAGAUUACCUAUUCCAGACACACCACUUUCUAAUAUGUCAUUUAAAUCAAACAGUGAUGCGAGUUUCUUACAAAGAGAAAGAGAGAUUAAUGAUAUUGAAGAAAAAACUAAAGCAUUGACAGAAGAACCAACCUUGGAAAAUAUAGCUGAAGUAUCUCCACCAGUUUCUACCCCUUUCAAAGAAUACAGAAAUGUUAAAGAUUUUUUUAGCCAUACUAAUGAAAAUUCUGUUCUAUACAAUGAUACUAUUAUGUCUUUUAAUAAAGACUCGGAGAACAAAGAAAAUAGUAGAGAGGAAAGUGUAAUUGUUUCUUUAUGUGAUCUUCUCAACAAAGCUACAAUGAACACGGGCAAUACUAGUACUGAACUGCAUGAUUUAUUAGAAGUUGAAAAGCAGACUGAGAACAAUAUAAGAAUGAUCGAAAAUGCCAUAAAAACAUUAGAAAAUAUCAAGGAAUCGCAAUUCAAAUCACUGCAAUAUGUAAAAAGAUUAAUUAAUGAAAAAAAAGUAAAGAAAACUCUGGAAAAUAAAAAGGAUACAACACUAGUUACAGUUGUGUGUGAAAAUGAAGCAGUAAAAAAACAUAUCAGUCCCUCAAGAAGCCCUAUAUUAAGACCUUCAGUUAUAAAAACGAAGUCACCUUCAUAUAAAAUACCUAAAAAGAACUUGUGUCUGAGAAAAAAAGUGUUUUGUAAAUCAAUGCCUGAUGUCGCAAAUGUGCAAAAAACCCCAGAAAAAAAUGAUCAAGCUCUCAAUAUGUACAUGCAAAUGAAAGAGAAAAUGAACUUUCUUAACACUCCAUUAGUGAAGCAUCGAAAUAUACAAGCAGUUGAUACACCCACUGUGACAUCGUACAAUUUACAAAUGCAACUUGACAAACUGUACAAUGCUAGC